AGUAUAGUCAUCUUUCAUAUCAAUUCAUUUCGACACGCUCCGUGAGAGUAGAUGUUUGUUAUUCCGGCCUCUUCAACCACUUUUCAGAGCAUUAUUUUAUUAAGUGCUCUGGUAGCACUAGGCUCAGCCUACCCGCAAUUACGCGACUCCUAUGGACUCCCCGUCGUCCAAACCCCAAACCAAUAUGAUACACCACAAGUGAUCAUUCCUUCAACCUCCUAUGGUGCCCCAAUCGCCCCAUCUCCAACCUAUGGCGUCCCUUCGAACUACCCAGUUCCAAUCGCCAAAAUCCCAAUCAGAAACACUUACUCAUUCAGCAUUCCCAAGCAAGUGCCUGUUGUUUCUCCAACAUAUGGUGUUCCAUCUAAUGAUGUCCCAGCUGCACCAGUUCCAGUCUAUGGUGUACCUGCUCCAGCCCCAUCUCCAAUCUAUGGUGUACCAGUUGUAAAUGAUGUCCCUGCUGCCCCUGCUGUACCUGCUGCACCCUCUCAGGUUUAUGGACCUCCACCAACAACUGCUGCUCCCCUAGCUGAACCAGCUGUGGUUUAUGGCCCACCACCAGUCCCCGCUCAAGUUUAUGGACCUCCACCAACACCUACCACUACAACAACCACACCAAAACCUGUAACAGUCCCUGCUGUUGUAUAUGGUCCACCUGCUGAAGUUUAUGGACCUCCGGCUGUACCUGCUGAUACCUACGGACCUCCUGCGGAUACCUAUGGACCACCAGCUGUUCCUGCUCAGGUUUACGGUGUCCCUACCGAACAGGAACGCCUUCAGCGCCUGCUGGCGUACACAGCGCGUCAUCUGGAACCUUCGGGCCGGUUUUCGUACCGCAUAGUGUCGUCCCCCUACCGGGCGUAGUCCAGCCAUCGCCAGCUAUGUUUAUAUCUCCACCGAGACAACCUGAGGAUAGGAAUGAGGAUGGUGUCUUUUGUGUCUAAUGUAAUUUUGAGAUCUGAUUCUGUUGGUAUUUAUGAAAUAAAUUAUUUCUUUGAUUAAAA